AUGUCUAAUUUCACUGGAGGCGAUGCUGGCAGUAGUUUCUCUUCAGGAAACACCGGAGAAUUAGAAGCACAAAAUCGAAACCAACUUUCAAAAACCAAAGACAACUUACAUGGUGGGAAUACUUCACUUCCUCCAGCGAAGAAAAAACGUAACCUGCCAGGAACCCCAGAUCCUACAGCAGAAGUUAUUGCUUUAUCACCAAAGACAUUAAUGGCGACCAACAGAUUCGUGUGUGAGAUUUGCAGCAAAGGGUUUCAAAGAGACCAAAAUCUGCAGUUGCAUCGAAGAGGUCAUAAUCUACCCUGGAAGCUUAAGCAAAGAACAACUACUGAUACUCGGAAACGAGUCUACAUAUGCCCUGAGCCAUCUUGUGUUCAUAACCAUCCAUCCAGGGCUCUUGGUGAUCUCACCGGCAUCAAAAAGCAUUAUAGCAGGAAACAUGGUGAGAAGAAAUGGAAAUGUGAUCGGUGCUCUAAGAAAUACGCGGUCCAGUCUGAUUGGAAAGCUCAUCAAAAAACUUGUGGCACUCGGGAAUACAAGUGUGAUUGCGGCACCAUUUUCUCGAGAAGAGACAGUUUUAUAACACAUAGAGCAUUUUGCGACGCAUUAGCUGAAGAAAACAACAAGGUGAAUCUGGGGAUGCUGCAAUCACAACAAAUGACCGAUCAUUACACGCCAUCCUUGGCAAUGAACACCGGAGAUAGCAUGUCAAUGGAACUCCCCGAAUUUGGCAAUUACAAUUUGAAAAGCCCACUCAAGUUGCAACCUCAAGAGAUUUCAAUGCCUUACGAAGCAAUGAACGUAUCAAGGGGUUUGUUUUCGAGUAGUUCAGGUACCUUACUUAGCAACCCGAGAGGUGUACCAUCAUCGACUUCUGGACUCGAUCUCAGUUCAUCAAAUGGGCAAUUGGGUUUCGGGAACCUACCUCAGGAAACCAGAGCUGGAGGCCCAUUUUCCGUGUCAAUGGCUCAUAUGUCUGCAACGGCCUUGCUACAGAAAGCAGCCCAAAUCGGUGCUACAGCAAGUAAUGUCAUAAAUUCUUCAAUGAUGCAAAAGAGCUAUGUUACUAGCAUGGCUGGCCCGGACCAAACCAAUUCUGAUGGGCCAAGUCCCACACCGUCAUACUUUGAUGUACAAGGCUCGUUUCACAAUAUCCUUACACAACCCGAAGGAUACAAUGCUUUGCAAAAGCCCAACCCACAAGAUACAUAUGGGCCCGGGCCCAAACCAAUAUUGGGUUCUGAUCCUGUAAUGAAUGACACAGGAACUUAUAGUGAAAUGUUAAAGAGAGGAGAUCAAUGUCUUGGACUAAUGAACAUGGGACAUGAAGAUGGAAAAGAUAAUAACUCUGAUCUGAUUCAAAGCAGAGAUGAUUCUGGAAUAGUAAGAGGCGUACCAGGUAACAAAGUUGGUGGUAAUGAGACGAUGACUGUCGAUUUUCUAGGCAUUGGAGGAUCCAGAUCACUACUUAUGCAAGAACAACGUAGAUUUGGGAGUUUUGAAGCAGCGGGUCUUCAACAUAUGCAAGCAAUGAAUCCAUUCCAACAACUUAUAAAUCAUGAUUCUUCAACCCAUGAAAAGCCCAUUUGGGAGGAAUAA